AUGGACCGCAGAAAACGACGACCCUCUACCGAUGGGCCGGAACCUCACCCACCAAAGCGGCGUUCCCCUAUGGCACCCGACGAUAAUCAACAAUCAUCCGCCCCAUCUUCAUUACUUGACCCUUCCCAGACCCAUCCUGCUAACCCGCUGACCCUCCAAACCGGCGACAAUAGUCUUCAUGAUUGGCACAGUGGAGCGUAUGUCGUGGCUCACGGAACCGCAACUAGUUCUGGUGAUUCUUACCCCCUAAGCAGUGUGACGAUGCUGCCUGGGCUAUCUUACAGUCAUCCGCACCUGCACUCCUUCCCUCCAUCGCAUCAGGUCCUUCCCGCUGACCCCCAGGCUCUCCAAAGCUGCGACAUUCCUCAUGAUUGGCGCAGCAGGUCAGUUGAACCUUAUCUCGGGGUUCCUGCGCCCGCGCCCGCUUUUGGUCCUUCCGGUGAUCAUUGGCCUUUCCCAAUCCCCGAGCUUGAGCUACCUGACAUAUAUGAGAGUGAUUCGCAAUCACACGCUUUGGUCUCAUCGCUUGACAUCUAUCCCAUCAGCUCACAAACCCCCUACGAAGGUAGUCGCCCUGAUCGGUGGGAUGGAUCGAUGGAAUCUCAUCCCGAAAUUUCCCAGAUUGUGGCACCCUGGUCACCUUCUGGCGGUCUCCGAUCGCUCGCGCCCGAUAUGAGGACCUGGCGGUCAAAUGUCAAUAGUAUCAGCCAAUCGAGCACGCCUGUCCUUGGAUCCUCUGUCCCCACUACGCCUGCAUCGUCGAUUCCUGCGCAUUCGGACCAAUUCCUAUAUCCCCCUUCGGCGCCAUCACUCUCCGAAACUGCUUGCGCAAAUCCUGACCCUUGGGCCCCAUACGGCAAUAGUGAAAGCGCCCGCACACAACUGGAACAUGCUAUGAACUUAUUUGUACCCCCUGUGUCAGAACCGACUACAUCAUCGUCGGCUGGCCCGUCGGAGGGCAAAAAGGAAAGCAUCAUUAGCGCCACUAGACUCAUUCUCCAAACCGCAUCCUCCGCUCUCAAAUUCUCGCCUGUCCCGUUCCUCCCUAACAUUCCGGACUCACUUCUCAUGCUACUUCAGGUUUACGAGAACGUCAGCAGUAACAACAAAGCUCUCAAAUGGCUGAAUGAUGAUGUGCAAAUGAAGGAAUUACACUUGGCUCUGGAAGGCCAGGUCCAGAGGAUCAAGUCACUCCAGAGUCAGAAUCGAAACCUCUUCAAGAAAAUAUUCAAUGCGGGCCUGUUAGCGCAAAGCAUAACCGACGUGAGGACAAGUAUCAGUGUAGCACUCUCCCGGUUUGCGGUGCAUAAGAUUUGA